AUGCGUCUCGAUCUCUCUGCCCUCGCCGUCCUGGCACUCAGCGUCACCGGCGGCGAUUGCGCAUGGCCAGAUGGACCCCUCGUGGCUGAGGGUCGCUGGAUCCACGACUCGCUCGGGAACAAUGUCACCUACGCGGGUGUGAACUGGCCAGGGUCAGCUGAUGUUAUGAUCCCCGAAGGACUACAAUACAAGAGUAUCGAGGCCAUCGUGUCGGACAUCAAGAGCCUGGGCAUGAACGCGAUCCGGCUCACGUUCGCCAUUGAGAUGGUCGACGAUAUUCUCGACAACGGAGGCGACGUCAAGCUCUCCGCUGCCUUCGACAAAGCCCUGGGCACUGCGAAUGGUACCCUGGUGUAUGAACAGGUGUUGAAGAAUAACCCGAGUUUCUCGGCUAGCACCACGAGACUCCAGGUGUUCGAUGCCGUCGCAGCGGAAUGUUUGAAGCAGCAAAUCUACGUCCACCUGGACAACCACAUGUCGAGCGGGUACUGGUGCUGCUCAGCCGACGACGGCAACACCUGGUUCGGCGACACCCAAUUCGACGUGACGAAGUGGAAGCGCGGCCUCGAAUACAUGGCCACCCACGGCAAAUCCUGGCCAGCACUCACCAGCAUCGGCAUGCGCAACGAGCUGCGCAAACCGAGCAACAAUGCCUCCCUGCAAGCGACAUACGGCUGGCCCCUCUGGUACACGAACAUGGUCUCCGCCUCGCAGACCAUCCACGCCGCGAACCCUACGCCCCUCAUCUUCUUCUCGGGCCUGGACUACGACACGACGCUCACGCCCGUGGUCGAGGGCACCGACCUCGGCUCCGGCGUCGUCUUCCGCAAGUCGGACUUCCCUUACGCCGACAAGAUCGUGCUCGAGCUGCACAACUACGAGGGCUCCGUCGGCAGCUGCAGCACCUUGCAGGAGAACCUGGUCCGCUACGGCUUCAGCACCCUGAGCGGGACGAAGGCGAACACGCUGCCCUUGCUGCUGACCGAGUGGGGACAUAACCAGAUGGACAGCUCCGGCACGGGUGUGUACGCCAGCUGCUUGAGGAGCUACCUGCCGGCGCAGAAGGUCGGCUGGUUCUACUGGGUCGUGGCGGGCAGUUACUAUAUCCGGUCCGGGACGCAGGAUUAUGAUGAUGCGUGGGGCCUCUACAACCACGACUGGAGUGGGUGGCGAUCAGCUUCCAACAUCGCGGCAAUGAAGACGGCGGUGGAGGCGACGGUUUGA